AUGGCACCCUUAACCGCCGCCUCCGACGAAAAGACACAUCAAGCGCUCCUCGACAAGCUCGACAUCUACGCGAUCCCCAAACCUUUCCGCAACCCGCACUGGAAGCCGCCGCAACGCCGCAAUAAGAACGUCAAGCAGAUCAUCGCCGAUGCCUCCCGCAAGGAAGCCUCCGUAAUGGCAACCCAGAACAACAGCGGCGUCUCCACGCCCAUUCUCCCACACUCCGAAGCCCUGACCGGCGGUGCCACAACUCCCGUUGGGGGCGCCAACCGUCCUCCGAAUAUCGCACAAGCUGCACAGAGUCUGAGCACGCUCGUCCUAGAGAGGAACACUAGGGCUGCUAUGGGUAGCAAUGGUGCUGCGGGGCCGGCGGCUACGUACACCAAUAUUGAGUCGGCACCGAGCUUCCAUCCUAGCAGCCAGAGGAGGUAUUGCGAUAUCACUGGGCUCCCCGCGCCGUAUACCGAUCCCAAGACACGAUUGAGGUAUCACAAUAAGGAAGUUUUUGGGACGAUUAGGACGAUGCCUCAGAAUGUUGUAGAGGGUUAUCUGGGGGCGAGAGGAGCGCAUACGGUCUUGAAGUGA